CUGUUUCAGUUUAGUUCUGGUGAAGCCUUAGCAGCAAGUUCUACCCAGAGAGAGUGGAGAGUUCUCCUUUAUUGGUUGAUAGCAGCUCUGGUCUCUGCAUGGCUAUGCUGAAUUCACAGUGGAUUUUGUCUCUGACUUGUGUGAAACUUCAACUACCCACCAGUGAUUUUCUGUGCCAAAAGAUCAGCUAUUAUCUGUAAGCCACCAAGAAUGCUUGUGUCUAUUUGCCACUUUUACUGGCAUCUUAACAGGAAAACAAAUAUGUCAUUUGCUUUGAAUUGUAACUAAUGUAGUAGGCAUUUCAAAAUCAUUAAUACCACCUAUAUUUGGGGUCUAUUAGUUGGUUUGCUCUGAGGUUUUAUGCUUCACAUGUAUUUUUAAAUCAGUUCACAGCCAUAAGCAAACAAUUCAGAAGAAAACAAACCCAUUCCCAGUCUGGCUUUCCAUCAGCAUCAUCUGUUCUCUUACUGUGAUGAGUGUAAUGGUGAGGACAGUGGAAGCCUCCGGCCAGAUGCAUGCAGUAUUUUUGCCCUUAAGCAGGAUGAAUCACUCCUUUACUUCACCCGUGUCCACAUUUAGGAUUGGAGUUAAUCUUCUGGAAGCACAGAUUUGGGUGUCUUUCCUUAGAAAGCACGAUGCCAAUGUGAUGUCCUUCAUAUGCAUCUGCUGCUGUUCUGUGUCCUCUGUGACAGGGGACAGCAGAUGAGGCUGACCAAGGCUGGGCUCUCUUUGCCAGGAUGGCCUGAGGCUGCUUCUCUUUUUUGGGCUCUCUUUGCCAGGAUGGCUUGAGGCUGAUUCUCUUUUUUGCUUCUCUCCUUCUUUCCUGGUGGUGCUCAUUCCUCACAGCAGCUUAUCUGCUGGAAUUUUAGUGAGCAGUCCAAGGGUUGCUUUCCUGCUUCUCAUUUCAGUUUUCCAAGUAAGACAUGAGCCUGAAAAAUGGGGAGAAUAAAUUUGGGAAAGAAAAAGAAGACAUUCCAAAGUCUGUGGGUUUAUUUUUAUUUCUGAGCACUUUCCUGUUUAUUGGAGUCUUUCAUCCCCUCCUAGAAGAGAAAAUACUGUGCGACCAGUCACAGUGAGGUCAGGAAGAGUGUUUGUUCUUCAUAAGAGAUGUGAAGCAAGAGCUAAACUCUAGCCAAGGAUGCCAUUUUGGGCCAUUCUUGUGUGUAUGAGAUUGUUCAAGGUGGUGGUCAGUGGUUUGAAGUGUAAUUGUAGGUGUAAUUGAUUAGCUUUGCAUUCAGUUAUUACCCAUCAAACAUGAUUUUAAUGUAGGAAGCAUCACAUAUUAAUUAAUGUUCUAUUUACAUAAAUUUUAUUAUCAUUUAUCAUAAAACCACACACAGAUUGACCUGACCCUCCUGAGAUGUUGAACCAUAUCCCACCAGUCCCUGGCCUCUGCCAACCAGAAGUUCAGAGGGUGAAUUCUGGUGUUGAUGCCAACAGCACAGAACCAUAGAAUCUUCUAGGUUGAAAAGGUCUUCUAAGAUCACUGAGUCCAACACUUACCCUUUGACUACUGAGCUAUGUCCUGAGCACCAGGUCUCUAAAAAACCACUUCCAGUAGCAAUCAGUUCCAGUGCUUGACAACCCUUUUGGUAAAGAAAUUCCUCCUUGUGUCUAAUCUAAACCUCUCCUAGUGGUUGAAUCCUUUGCUGGUGUUUCAGACCAUUGGGCUCUGCUAACCCCAGUUCCUCUGAGAUAAACCUGUGAAAUAACUGAAGCAUGACCAUUUCAAAGGUGCAGCAUCUUCCAGAGCAAUUCAGCUCGUGCAGGAAGCCUCCUGGGAGAUGCUCUGUGGGGAAAACCUGCUGGUUUGUUGGAAAACCAGUAAGAAACAUUCCCUCUGGUUAGUGGACAUUCUUUCUGCCCACUGAUAUUAGCAUCAUCCUGCUCUUUUCCUGUGAUUUCCCUGGAGUUUCUCCCCUCUGCCAAGCUGAAGUGGGGCUGGGGGCAGCUGUGUCCUGCCAGGAGGGGAUAUCCUUGGCCACCUGUCCUGGUUAACACUGCCUCUGUGUGGUGGUCCUGCUCAGCAUGGGCUGAAAAUACCCUGUCAAAAUACCAGGAAUUCCUGUCACUGCUGAAUGGAUACUUUGUCUUAUUUUUAACUAAACCUCGGGUUUGUGUGAACUUUUUCACUGACCCCACAGAAAGGAUGGAAUCUCAAGGACAUCUUUGUCAGUGUUAAACAAACAGCAGUGAUCCCCCGAACAGGGCAGGCAGGCAUGUGAGGAAAGAGUGGGUAAGCUUGCUUCAGAGAUAAACAGUGUUCUUUAGUUAUUCACAAAGGAAAAUAGUCUGAUCCUACAGAAUGAGACUUUUAUCAUGUGCUUUCCUGGUUUCCCUGCUUGACCCUGUGUUUUUUAAGCCCUGAUUCUGCUUUCAUCUGCAUCUUCUCUUUAUGAGAGGGCUGUGAUUGCACCCUGAUGUUCUGGGAAGACAGAGCUGGUCUGUGUCCAGGAAAACAGCAAAGAAAGACACCGUGAGACAGAGCUGCUGAUCUGCUUCCCCAGAAACCCCUCCUGUGUCCCAGCCCACUGAGGGACACUGCUCUGUUUGAUUAAAUUCCCAUUAACUCCAAAGGUCAGAUACCUGGCUGAAGGCAGGGAGUUGCAUCUGCACAGCCCAGUGCCCUUUUUCCUGGAAACACUGCAUGCCAUGGGCCCCAUUCUCCACUCCUCUCACCAGUUUUCCAGCCUUUUCAGGAGUGGCUAUCACCAUGCAAGUGAAAAGUCCAGGAAAUAAGGCAGUACUGUGUUCUGGAAUGAUACAGUGAUAAGAACAGAUGGAACAAGUGUCUUCCCACUUCCCAAACUGGGGUGUGUGGGAUGAGCAGGUUUGUGAUUUACCCAGGGUUGAGAUGCCCGAGGAUUCAGGGGCUCUGACUUCUGCACCUUCAUGAGUUUACUGGAGGCAGCACCAGCUUUUUUUUUUUUUUUUUGGUUCUAACUGGUGGAAAAUGAUUCAUUGUCUCAGGAGCUGAAACAUCUUCAUAUUUACAAGUGCUAAUUGAAACCCUGAACCCUCCCCUACCUUGUUACCUGUUUAAGAUUUUGCUCUCAUUUGGAAGGCAGAGCAAGCUUGGGGCAAACCCCUGUGUGGGCUGUUAGUCUGGGUGAACUUUACAGAUUUUCCAUUAAUGUUCUUUAUUCCACGGUGACAGGAUUUGUGGUCUCAGUGCCCUCCAGAAUAUUCAACAGUAACCCAGUUGCCAUAAGUUUCUUGGAAUGAGGGUCAUGAAGGAUUUGGCUGUCAGGUCAAAUGUCCCAGAUGUAAUGCUCUUCAUCAUUUAAUUCCUGUCUCCUCUGUAGCUGUGUCACUGCAGUCUGACCCUGUUUUCCAGUUUGAACAAGACCAGAGACAUCUGCUUAUGUUUGGGACUUGUGUGGAGCCCAGUGGUGCCUGCAGGAGAGGGAGGUGUCCUGGCACUGCAUCAGGCUUUGAGCAGUUGCAUGACCACUGCAAGAGCAGUUUCGGGGCAUGGAGAGGAGUGACAGCUCCUCACACCCUGGGAUAUCUGCCAGGAUGGGGCCUGGGGGGAAUCCAGAGCUGGAGGAGAGUGGAUAUUAAAGGGGAAUGCCAUCGGCUGGCAUGGCAGUGAUGUGCACUCCUCUGAGAGCAGCUGCACUGCUGCCUUCUGUGUGACAAAGUGAUGGGCUUGUAACAGCCCCUGUGAACAGUGACACUUACCUGGUCUGCCAGAUCCCCUCUCCAUGCUCCCAGCUCCCUUCUGGAGUGUGGCUCGUGGUUAAAUGAUCACUUUUUGACAUCUGAAUGUGCCUUUUUAAUUCCUUCAGCCCCUUUUUUUUCCAGUUAAAAAUAUGGAGCUAUUGCUACGUCUGGGGUCACCAUUUAUUACUGUGGGUCUUUAGGGCAGUUAGGAUUUGGUGAAGCAAGGAGAGAUCUUGACUCCAUUUCAGAAGGCUGGUUUAUUAUAUUAUGAUGUAUAUUACAUUAAAAAAGACCACACUAUAACUAUACUACAAAGAACAGAGAGAAUCAUUAGAAGGCGAGACAGGAAUAGAAAGGAAUGAAUAACAAAGUUCUGUGACUCCCAGAGAGUCCGAGAGCUGCUGCCUCCUGGAUUGGCCACCAAGUAGAAACAUCCCACAGUGACCAAUGGAGGAAGUACCUGCUGCAUCCCACAGCAGCAGAUCACAAAUUGUUUACACUUGAAGCUGAGGCCCUUCAGCUUCUCAGGAGAAGAAAAUCCUAGCAAAGGGAUUUUCACAAAAUAUCACAACCACAUGGAGCAACAGCAAUCAUCUUGCUUAAUUAGAAUAGGGGUCCCUCCCCACCUCUUCUCCUCAUCCUUAAAGAUUUGCAUUAUGUAAUUAUUAUUUUCCUGAAAUAAUUACUUAUUCUGCAAAGGCUACAUGUACUGAAACAGCUGAGGUUGAGGCUUCUGUUUCCCUGCCUAUCCCAGAAUUGUGCACAUUUCUCUGCUGUUGGUGGCUAUGGACUCUUGUUCAAGUGUAGGUAAACAGGAGCUGCAAAGCUCUGUGUGCUGACAUUCCUGUUUGCACUGGAAAUAAUGGCACAUGUGGCAUCUGGGAGGUGAGGAAAUGUGUUUCAAAAGGUGCUGAACUUCUGCUGAGCUUUGAGGGAGCUCACAAAUCCUUUCAUGUGCCUCAAGCACAGCUGGGGACACAAAGGUGGUUUCAGGUUGGAGGCUGUGUGAGCCAGUGUCUUGUGGUUUGCUUGUUUGCUGGGUUUCUCUGGGACCUGUUAGUAGCAGGAAAAGGCUGUGAAAGACUCAGCUUUGCACUAAGAUGAAAUCAGUCCUGAACUGGCUUCUUUUCCUUGUGUGUCUGUCACAUCCUGGAUCUCAACACCAUGGAUGUUGUCCUCCACAGACAGUCCAGCAUCCUUCAGUGGGUGACUUUCAGACUUUCACUCCAUGAGUGCAGCUGUACAGGGCUACUGGAGGAUUUCAGGACUUCCUAGAUGGCACUGGUGAUCAUUUCAACAGGCACUUUUGUGUGCUGUAGUUAGCUGUGGGUGCACUAGCACAGAGGCGUUUGCCAUUGCUGCAAAUAGUUUUCCUUGCCAUUAAAAGCAGAUUUAGCUCAUGAUCUUUAGCUGCAGCUCAUUAUCUGUGGAAAAGUUUAAAGUCAGAUAUUUCUUUGUUAACUGCAUGUGUGUGCAUAUAAAGAGAAUGAUUGUAGUGCACUUUAAUUUUUAUAAAAGGGCUUAAGCCUUGCAGACUCAAAAGUGGUAUAAAAGGUCAUAGGCAAAGUAGGCUCUGACCUAAGUUUAAACCCUUCAUCUUAAAGAAGUAGGAAAGCUAUUAGGAGCUAAGCUCUGGGAAGCAGUCUGCCCUGGAAGAUAAUCACAGAUUGAUGGGAGGUUUCUGUACACAUUAAUCAUGGUUUUUAGGUUAAAAUUGUGGAGGCAGGGGCCAUGUAGUCCUCCAGACAUGGUGCAGUCUUCUGUUAGUGUAGAGGGGGUGGAUGAGGGGACAACAACAAGCAGAUGGGAAACCACCAGAAGAAAAUAAUUCCUAAAUGAUGGACCUCUGUGAAGACCCCCACCUGCUUGUGGAUGGAAUGAGCUCCCACGACUUCCACCAGGGCAAGCUGGGCAACUGCUGGUUUGUGGCUGCGUGCUCCUGCCUGGCUUUGAGGAAAAGCCUCUGGCAGCAGGUGAUUCCGGACUAUAAUGAGCAGGAGUGGGACCCCAAAAACCCAAGGAAAUACGCUGGGAUUUUCCGUUUCCGCUUCUGGCGCUUUGGAGAGUGGACAGAGGUGGUGGUGGAUGAUCUGCUGCCAACAGAGAAUGGGGAGCUCAUCUACUGCCGUUCCAACGUGAGAAAUGAAUUCUGGAGUGCUUUGCUGGAGAAAGCUUAUGCUAAGCUGGCUGGAUCCUACCAAGCCCUGGAUGGAGGCUGUGCUGCAGAAGCCCUGGUGGAUUUCACUGGAGCAGUGGCAGAAUCCAUUAAUUUGGAAGAGGGCAAAUAUGGUGAGGUUAUUUCUGAGCAGAUGAAGCUGUUUGAAGACUUGAUGAAAGUGUAUAAAAGAGGAGGGUUCAUCAGCUGCUCCAUUUCAGAGUCCCCUGGGCGGCCCAGUGAAGCAGAGACAGAGAAGGGGCUGAUCGUGGGCCAUGCCUACUCCGUGACUGCCAUCAGGAAGCUGCGCCUCGGGGAGAGCCUGGUGUUCUCCUUCAAGGCAGAAAAGCUGUUCAUGAUCAGGCUGAGGAAUCCCUGGGGCAAAAAAGAAUGGCACGGUGCUUGGAGUGACAGUUCUGAAGAGUGGAAGAAAGUCAGCGAUUCUGAGCGCAAGAAUUUGGGGCUCACUGUUGAGAAUGAUGGAGAGUUCUGGAUGACGUUUGAGGACUGGUGUAAGAAUUUCACAGAUGUGGACAUCUGCAGGACUGUGAACACCUCCUGCUUCAGCCUCCACAAGACCUGGGAGAAGGAAAUGAUAUAUGGGGCUUGGGCAAAGCAUCCAGAGCCCCUGCUGAACCGAUCUGGGGGCUGCUUUGAUAACAAAGAGACCUUCCUGCAGAACCCCCAGUACCUCUUUGAUGUUAAGAAGGCCCAGGACAAAGUGUUGGUGUCCUUACAGCAGGAGGAUCGCCGCAAGUACAAGAAAGAAGGGAAAGGAGACAACAUCACAAUUGGCUUUGAAAUCCUCAAGGUGGAGGACAACAGGAGGUACAGGCUGCACAAGCUCACAGUGCAGGAGAGAGUGGCCACAUCUCCCUACUCCAACACACGCAGCGUGUUCCUGAGGAGGACCCUCCAGCAAGGCCGCUACGUCCUGGUCCCAACCACCUACAUCCCAGGUGUCCCCACAAAAUUCAUCCUCAGGCUCUACACAGAUGUCCCCUCAAAACUCAGGGAGAUGAAGGCAGAUAGGCCUAAAAUGACGUGUUGGAGUCUCCUUUGUGGCUACCCACGCAGAGUCACCCAAAUCAAAGUCCACUCUGCAGAGGGUUUGCAGAAACAAGACAGAUCAGGAGGAGCAGAUCCCUAUGUGCUCAUCAAGUGUGAGAACCAAAGCCGGCGCUCCCCGGUGCAGCAUGACACCACCAGCCCCAUCUUCAACACCCAGGUGAUCUUCUACAGGAAGGACAUCGACAGUCCUGUCACCAUCCAGGUGUGGAACAGCAGCCUCCUGCGUGACCGGUUCCUGGGGCAGGCGGUGCUGGCAGCCUCCCCCGGCGAGCCCCGGCAGCAGCAGAGGCUGAAGCUGCGGGGCAGGGGCGGCGGGGAGGCGGCCGAGGUGCCGGGUCACAUCAGCGUCACCGUGCUGUGCAGCGAGGACCUCGGCGAGCUCUGAGCGCCGCGGCCCCGCAGAGCCGGGCGGAGCUGUCGCCUCUCGGCAGCACGGGGAGCACAUCAGCAUAAUCGCUUUAAAGGGGGAAAAAACCCUCCGUCGGGAAAGGGGGAAAUGCGUAUUUAUACAUAUCUAUGCUCGUGCUACAGCUCAUGCAGCAGGAGAGGGGCCAAAUGGAAUGGUGGCAGGGAAGCUCGUGAGGAUGGGAGCAUCGUUGAGGAUGCAGGCAGGAAUGGCUGCAGCUCCAUCAGGCACCCACCAGCUUGGGGACUGGCAAAUACAAGGGGCAUUCGUGGGGAUUUUUUUUCCAUAUCCUUCCCACAGAAGGAUUUACAUUUAUUGAUGAAUUUCACUACAUAUUAGGUGUUUCUGUUCCUCGGUGAAAAUGUCACUACUCGAGGAGCUCAGUCAUAGCUCGUGGCCUUAAGACCAGUCUAGCCAGGACAACAUUAAAAUAGAGGGGCAGAUCUUGCAGUGCCUGUUUGAACACCACGGCAAAUAAGAGCUUUGUCCACCCAAAGGCUCUCAGACUGACUUUCUGCUUGUUCUCUUCUCCACCUCGAGCUGGUGACUCACAGUUUGGUAUCUCUGUCCAAGGGCACCUCACAGUUCAGCUGUGCCUUUGCUCAGAGCACAGAUUCAGUAAGGGAGCCUCCUUGCUUUGUUUAAGCCACGUCAUGCUAAAAAUGGGAUAACAGCCCUCUUGUUUUGGUAGAUGUAGCACCAGCUCGAAAAAUGAGAAAAUGAGCUCAUGAGAAGGGUGGGUUUGUAAAAGCAGGGCGCUGUUCCCUGGCACUUGUCAGGUCUCACUCUCAAAAUUCUGCAGUCAUUUAUUGCUGGCACGGCUGAUGUUUGAUGGAGUUUCACUCGGGUACCAAGGAGGACGGGUGCUAUUUCACAUUUCCCUCACAGCAGGGGUCUGGUGCCAGCUCUCCCCUUCCCCCGCAGCCCUGGGCAGGGUUCCCUCAGCAGCUGUCGGGGGUGGGCACGCUGGGCAGUGACCCUGGCAGUGCACGGGGCUCUGUGCCAGACACUCAGAAAUGGAUUUUACACAGCUGCAGUUUCUGGGUGGGAAAGUGAAGCUGAAGGACCAUUCUGCCUUUUUACAGCCAGGAAAUUCGGAUUUUUAUGCGCCUCGUAGCCACUUCAGCCACACUGUGCGAUUUUUACAAUUUAUGAAAUGGCCCUUGACAGAGCUAAUGUUUUCACAAAAGGUCUCCUCAGGGCUCCAAAAGGAUCACUUCUGGGGUGGGAAAAUGCUUUCUCUGACAUGCCAGAGAUGGUCUGCGGGGCUGUGAAUGAUGCUGCAGUGCCAUCAGCUUGCAUGUACCAAGGAUCAAAAUCCAGCUCUUUUCAGACACUUCGGGCUCAGGCUGGGCACAGCAGAGAUCUUGUCAGAGGUGUGAACUACAGGCCCCACAGGCAAGUGACAUUCUCUGUAAGCUCGUGGCUUCAGGGCUGCUUACUCCAGAAAUGUUUGUAAACUGAGAUGUCUCUCUUUAAAGGCAUAAACUGUCUCAUGCAGACCAGAGCUUGGACGAGGAGAACUGCAAAAUGUCAGGGCUGCCCUCGUCCUGCAGUGAGAGCUGUUUGCUUUGCUGCUCCUCACACUCUGCUCCAGGCUGUGGGAGCCGCUUCCUGCAGUGUUCCCUAUGGGAUGAGGCCAUUCCCAGGGCUUGGCUUGGCCAAGGGUCAGUGUUUAGCCUGAAAAAAGUUCCACAGCGAGAUGGCACCAGAGGUUUGUGCCUCCCUGCCCCACGAUUUGGCUGAGGAAGCUCCUGAGCCCACUGAGGGCACAAAGCCAGCUCAGCCCCAAGCUGGAGGGGAGUCCCUUGGCUCUUUCCUUGCAGCCACCCAGGCCUGGCCCCAAUCAGCACCCUGUUCCAGCCUCUGUACAGGGCUGUCCCCAGCAUCAGUGGGACACAGGGAGCGUGACCCGCAGUUCUUGGGCACGUACAGCCUGGCAAAGUGCGGGGCCAGGCUGAGGAGCACAGGCGUGGUGACUUCUAGGCCUUGAUCACUGUGCCAGCUCCAGACAUUGCCCGUUUGUCCCGGUGGCAUGGGGACAGGCACUGCUGCCAGUGCUGCCCUGAGGGACUGGCAGUGCUGGGAGCUGCAGCAGGCUCAGCAGGAUGCCUGGACCUCUGCAUUGAUUAUUUUUGGGAACAGUUUGGUUUUCCCAUCAGGAAGAGAUGAUCCAGCCUGGGAACACAGCUGGCUCUGUUGGUUUACAGAUGCUUCUGCCUUCCCAGGUGAAGCCAGGCAAGGGCAGGCUGACAGGGGCUCGUGCUGCUGCCCGCUUCUAACAUUGACACUUAAAAUUGUUCAUUUUUUAACAUUAUCAACAUGUGGGAAAACGGCUUGGGGUUGGUUUUUUGGGAGGGGAGAAGGGCUGCAUUUAUAUACACACUCGAGCCACCUUCAAAAUGAAAACGGGUGGAAAUGAGUGUAAAAUAUUUCAUUGCAACGUUUUGUAACUUUUCAAUACGAAGUGACCUAAAUAAAAUUAUAGAAAAAAA